UCGGGUUACGCGCGGCGCGGAGGCGGCCGCGGGCUGAGAUACCGGCACCCAGCUCCAGGUCUCGGGUCGCGCGCGGCUGGGCAGCGCGGCCCGGGCUGCAGCGAGGCCGGCGGCCCCUCGCGCCCUCCCGUCAGGCCGCCAUGCAAGGCCCGGGAGGGAACGUGAGCCGCGGAUUGCCGGGCGGGCCGGCCUCCACCGUCGCGUCCGGGGCGGGCCGCUGCGAGAGCGGCGCGCUCAUGCACAGUUUCGGCAUCUUCCUGCAGGGGCUGCUCGGCGUCGUGGCCUUCAGCACACUGAUGCUUAAACGCUUCAGAGAACCAAAGCAUGAAAGACGGCCAUGGAGGAUCUGGUUUUUAGACACUUCCAAACAGGCCAUAGGGAUGCUGUUCAUCCACUUUGCAAAUGUGUACCUAGCGGAUCUCACGGAAGAGGACCCCUGUUCACUGUACCUCAUCAACUUCCUUCUGGAUGCCACUGUAGGCAUGCUUCUCAUUUAUGUGGGCGUACGUGCCGUCGGUGUCUUGGUGGAGUGGCAGCAGUGGGAAUCUCUGCGUUUUGGAGAAUAUGGAGACCCUCUGCAGUGUGGGGCCUGGGUAGGGCAGUGUGCCCUCUACAUCGUGAUCAUGAUCUUUGAAAAGUCCGUGGUCUUCAUCGUCCUUCUCAUACUCCAGUGGAAAAAGGUGGCCCUAUUGAAUCCAAUUGAGAACCCAGACCUGAAGCUAGCCAUCGUCAUGCUGAUCGUGCCCUUCUUUGUCAAUGCCUUCAUGUUCUGGGUAGUGGACAAUUUCCUCAUGAGAAAGGGGAAGACGAAAGCUAAACUAGAAGAAAGAACAGCCAACCAGGAUUCAAGGAAUGGCAGCAAGGUUCGCUACCGGAGAGCAGCGUCCCAUGAGGAGUCUGAGUCUGAGAUCCUGAUCUCAGCUGACGAUGAGAUGGAGGAGUCCGACGCCGAGGAGGACCUCCGGAGACCAGUGAAGAAGAAGCACCGCUUCGGGCUACCUGUAUGACACAUUCCCACGCUGCGGGUGACAGUCCUGGGGCCCUGCCCGCAGCAGCGUCGCUCCCCUCCUCUCUACCCUCCUCUUCUACCUCCACUCCUCCUGCUGUCUCUGCCCGCUCUCCACCUGCCCCAGACUACUGUGACUUAAACGAGGGAAGAGGACCAGUGCCCUAGGGGCUGUGGGCAGCUGGAGGGCCCGCUCAGUUGCACUACAAACACUGACCAAAUAUGCAAGCAAA